GAGGAGGGAGCUGAACACGAUGUUGCUCAAGAAAAUAAAUACUCUCUUAUUCUAAUAUACCAGAUUUCGACACCUGUAUAGAUGUGUAGAAUCCUUUGGAAGACUUCCAGUUGACGGUGAUACUGGUGCUUAGCCUAGCCUACUGCAGACUAGGCUACAAUGAGGAUCGCCAAGAUUGUAGGCUAUUUGAAGCCGAUUGGGCCAAUUGUUGUCGGUAUCUCUUUGGGAUUUACGUUGAGUUUGUUAAGCGUGUCUUGGGUUGAUGACAUUUGUGACCCGUCUUGGAAAGGACAUUAUAUUGAAGAAAUUUCUUCUAAGGAAGAUCUGAAAGCGACUAGGAAAUCCAAUUCAUUCCUACUGGAGGAUGAUGACGACGAAGACAUUCAGCCACGAAUUAUAACUUACAAACCUAUCCAACAACAAGGAGAAGCUAAAAGGCCUUUCAGAUCCAAAUAUGCCAGCACAGAGCUUGGCAUCCGAGAUAACCUCUUUGUGGGCGUUCUUACAUCCAAGAACACCAUAAACACCCUGGGGGUGUCUGUCAACCACACCAUCAGCCACCACCUGGGCUCGGUGGUGUUCUUCACCGGCAUGAACAGCCACAAGACGCCCCACGGCAUGCAGGUGGUCACCCACGGUGACGAGCGCCCCGUCUGGAACAUGUACCAGACCAUCAAGUACAUCCUGGAGCAUUACAUCGACGAAUACAACUGGUUCUACUUGGCGCAAGACGACACGUACACCCAGGCGGACCGCGUCAAGGCCCUGGUCCCUCACCUGAGCAUGAACCUCAUGCUCUACAUGGGCAGUCCCGAGGAGUUCAUUGGCGGCGAGAUGCAGGACAGGUACUGUUAUGGGGGCUUUGGCUACCUGAUCUCCCGGCCCCUGCUGCUCCGACUCAAUGACUUCUUGGAGAACUGUAGGGACGGUAUCCUCACAACCCGGCCUGAUGAGUGGCUGGGGAGGUGUAUCAUCGAAAACACCAACACCAACUGCGUGGAUGAGUACAAGGGUCUGCACUAUGACCGCUUUGAAAUGGGCAAAAACUCUGACCUGAGCAAAGAGCAGAGUGACCAGUUCAAGACCAUCCUCACAGUCCAUCCAGUCUCUGACCCAGAGCAGAUGUACAGACUACACAAAUACUUCACCGAGAUUGAGCUGCAGAAAUCCUACCAGGAGAUUGAAAAGCUGCAGGCAGAAAUAAAGAACUUCAGUGCCAUAGCUUUUGAAGGUAACCGAAGUGGCAUGUGGCCUAUCGGGGUCAAUCCACCCUUUGAACCAAAGACCCGCUUUGAGGUCUUGAAGUGGGAGUACUUCACAGAGGACACCAUCUACUUGUGUCUGGACGGUUCGCCAAAGUGUGAGCUCCAGGGCAUCGACAAGAUGGAUGUGGCAGAUGUUAUCGACAUUGCCAUGGGGGAGCUGAACAAGAAGUACAAGCCAGUGCUCCACCUGAAGAAGCAGAAGCUCAUCAAUGGCUACCGGCGCUUCGACCCCACCCGGGGCAUGGAGUACAUGUUGGACCUGCAGAUGGAGGUGGUCACUCAGAAGGGCCGCAGCCGCUCUAUCACAAAGCGUGUCCAGCUGGUCCGGCCCCUGAGCAACCUCGAGAUCAUUCCCAUGCCGUACGUCACCGAGGCCACCAAGGUCUUUAUCAUCUUGCCUCUGGCGAAGGACGACACGGAUCAAGUGAAACCGUUCCUGGAAGAGUACGCCUCGAAUGCCUUGCAGAAGAAAGAGAACGUGGGGCUGACCGUGCUCUUCAUCUACGACUUGUUCCAGGCGCAGCACGUGCAGCAGAAUGACAUCUUUGCUAACGCGAAGGCACAGAUCACCAAGUACGAGCGAAAGUUCCCGGGGCUCAAAGUUCCCUGGAUCAGCGUCAAAACAGACAAUCCGUCCCAAAUCAAAUUCAUGGACCUCAUCUCCAAGAAGCAUCCGGUCGGCACGUUGUUCUUCACCGCCACGGUCAACACUGUGGUCAACACAGAGUUUCUCAACCGCUGCCGCAUGAACUCCAUCAGCAACUGGCAGGUCUUCUUCCCCAUCCACUUCCAGGACUUCAACCCCGACAUCGCCUACCAUGGGCAGGACCGGCCGGUCACCAUCGACCUCGUUAGAGACGCGGGCCACUUCGACCGCAACGCUUUCGCCGAGGCCUGCUUCUACAACUCCGACUACAUGGCCACGCGGACUCACAUGGCCGCCGACCUGCAGGAGAACGAGGACCUCCUGGAGACCCUGGACAUCUACGAGAUGUUCGUCAAGUACUCGAGCCUGCACGUGUUCCGAGCCAUUGAGCCGGCACUGCACCAGAAGCACGUGCACCAGACGUGCAACCCACACCUCAGUGAGGACAUCUACCACCGCUGCAUCCAGAGCAACCUGGAGGGGUUGGGCACACGGCCCCAGCUGGCUAUGGUCCUGUUUGAGCAGGAACAAGGGAACAGCACUUAGGUUGCCCCUAUAAAACUCGCCUGGAGUGGUUUACACCCUUUUUUUAACAAACUGUGGCUGCACGUUCCUCAAGGAGUCUGCUUACACUUUGUCAUUCAUUUCUAUUCACAGCAAACCAAAUUAGCAGCUAGGACUUACUGCUGCUGGUAUCUUUUUAAAACUUUGACAAGGAAGCUCUGUGGUUAAGUUUUCAUUGUUCUGAUAUUGGACAUUACGCCACUUCUCCACUUAGCUUCCACUUUUAAGGACAUGACUCUUACACAAACAGGGUAUAGUUACUCAGAAUGAAUCAGCAGGCACUGCUUAAAUGUUCACUACCAAAGUACUUUGAACGUGACUGUCAUGGACAUUUGUACAUGCUUUAACUUCGAUAUCCACAUUUUGUCUCCGUGGUGUUGGUUUUAAAAAAUCAAAUUGAUGAUUUUUUAUUUAAAUUAUUUAAAACUCAUUACUACAUAAAGGUCACAAACAUGGGCCCAAAUUUGAGGAUGGAAACAUGGCAGAAGUUGCGUGUGAAUUGUACGUCCAAAUGUCUGUAACAUGAAAGCAGGCUGUUGGUUUUCCACCAUGUUCUCAUGUACAGUACGUGGAAAGGAAUCAAAGGCAUCACAGUUAUCUAUCUAAUAAUCCAUUUUCAUUUGACAAUAUUAAGAGAAUGCCAGGUGUUAUUGAGCAAUUAAUGUAAUGUUUCCAGCCUCAGAAGAUGGCUUUUCAUGUUUUUGCAAGUGUAAGGAAACUUGAAUAGUGUUUUUAACUAAAAUGGUCAAAAUUCUUUAUCUACGUAAUUAAUUGUUAGGGAAUAGUGCACACCGGACAGUGCCUUGUGAGCUAAGAAGGUACAGUGUAAAAUCAGUUAUGCUGAGCAGAUUGGACAGCAUCUGCCAAAGAGUGCCAGUGGUGAGAAAGCUGCCAUUGUUGUUGUCACUGCACUGUUUUGUCAAAUGAAUCUCUGGAAGAUAACAUACAUCGAGUGCUUCACUGGUUGAAAUCUUGCACUAAGAAUUUUAUGGUGGGGUUGUAAGUUACUGAAACUUUCUUCUUUUGCACAUAAAUGUCUUGCGAGUUCUUUUCAUUAGGAUAUUCCUGGAGGUGUAUUUCUAAUACAUAAUUAUUCUACAUCUGAGAGAGGGAUCAUAAUCCUUCAGUCUUGUCAUUAGAAAACAGAAAACACCUUAAAUGUCUGUCUUAAAUAUGUAUUCACCAAUUUUAACCAAGUUUCUAUAAGUAUGGUGUGCCAUAUUAUAAUGCGUCCCAUUAGGUGGUCUUCAUGUAAUUCACAAAUUCACACAUCCAUUCUUCAACAUAAUAUUUCGUAUUGGCCCUUGAUGACAUUAUAAACCCCUUCUUGUUUAUUGAUAUGUAUGUGCCUUACCUUCUACACAAGCUGAAACAUGAAAGGUGGGCAAUGAACAUAAUAAUCCUGGCGUCAAACAGCCGUCUGAUAUUAAUAUAAUGUCAUGUUUUUGAAGACUAAUUUACGUAUCUGUGAAGCGCUCAAGUUCUUUUAACAACGAAUUCAGUGCCAAAGCAGACACAUGAUUGGUAAAACAAUAGUGCAAAUGAAUACUUCCAUAAUUCUGAAUACUUGGUGUGAUAACAUUUGUAAAAAGCAUUUAGAACCAGUUAAUGGUCAUGAAAUUCAAUUUUGUAUACAGUACAUUUGCAAUAUCACCACUUGCAAGUAAUAUAUAGGGAUGGAAUUCUAUUACAGAUCCAGAUAUUCCUCAAGACAGCAAGAUAUAACUCUAAGAUUUUGUCUUGAGUGCACUUAUGACACACUACAGAUGGACGAUUGUUUUGACCUACCAUACAUUACCUGUUGGGUUUCUAACCCAUGUCUUAUGUUAACCUUUAGAGUUACUGAUAUCCUUGGCAAGCAUUAUGGCAUUCAGCAGUAGACGUCACCUAUAGUUUGCAAAGAGCUUUUACAAACAAGAUCCAGAUACCUAUCAUGAUUCAGCCUAGAGGUUUAGCAGUUCUUGCAUGAAGUGUAUACAGUACUGUAAUUUCCCAACUAUUAGCCGCGGCUUAUACAUUGAUUUUGCAAAAUUUCUUCAGCUAUGAGGUUAAUACACAGGGGCAGUUAAUAUAGUAUUAAUAUGAUUUUGUUUCUCUUAAUUUGCAUAAACACUGUUCUGCGGCUAAUACACAGGAAAUUACUGUAUGUGUACAUUCAUAACACUUCCCCACUGAUGGGUACAAAGCACUGCACACUGUCUCUCUUGCUGCACUGAUGGGCAUGUGUUGUCCAUCGAAAUCAGUUGCGGAUUUCACAUUUGUCAUUUUACAAAUAUGACAAAAUGAUCCGCAUUGGUCAUUCCCCACACACUGCUCACAAAUAUUGAUCAACAUUUUUUUGUCUUUGUGUUGUAACCAUUACAAGGGUAAAGUGGUUAAAUGAGAUUUGUGCAAUACUGUAUGUUUUGAUGGUUCAGUUUGGGGAGCAGGGGUAUUUUUUUAUUAUUAUUAUUGGGGACUGAGUGAGGCCUUGUAAUGUACUGUGUAUCUGCUGGUCUUGGAGAAAGAAAGAAUAGUUUUUUCCCACUGAUACAUUGUUUACUUCUACGUUUCAUUUAGACGCACACUAAAUUCCUCUAAAGUCUUUAUAGGAGAAAUAGUUGAGUGUUUGGUGUCAGUGAUCAUUGUUAGGCUUGAAAUGAGAUUCUAUAAGAGUAUAAGGAACUAUGGUUUUGGUGUUGUCUUACACAUGUAUGUAUACUCAAUGUGUAUAUCUAUUUUUUUUUUUAUUUCUGUGAUUCUUAGUUGUCAGAAUCGGUUUGCUUUGUUUAUACCUGUACUGUAGAAUAGAUUCAGUUUUGUGUUAAACCAAUCUAUUCUGGCACAAGACAAAAGGCAUCUGUGAACAUUAUAUGUGAAUAAUAUGAAAUGCAUUUAUAUUUCCCAAAUAAACACACCCUGCAAAAAAACAAAACAAACAUAUUUU